CUGAUGGAACAUGAGAUUAAGACUAUACUAACAUCAUCACAGUGACACGAGCAAUAUGUGCGGUCGAGCGGCUUGUUCUCUGAAUCCGGAGACUUUGUGCGAUGCUUGCGGCUACAAGGAUGCGAAUGGCAAACUACGUAGAACCUCGUGGACUAAAAGCGACGUCGAGUACAAACCGUCAUAUAAUAUCGGUCCCAAGGAUGCCCUUCCAUGCGUCGUACCUGGAUCACAAUUUGGAGAAACACACGAGAGAGUCCUUUGUGCUAUGAUGUGGAGUGUGAUUCCGCCGUGGCACGAGGGAGACUAUAAGAAGAGUAGCAUCGCGACGCAUAACGCGCGUCUGGAGAAUCUUAGGAAUUCGAAAUUAUAUGCUCCACUGCUUCAUAAAGGACAGAGAUGUAUUGUGAUUUGCGAAGGAUACUACGAAUGGAAAGCUGGGAAUACUAAGAAAGAUUCUAAACAACCCUAUUACAUUUAUGCAGCUCAAGAGAAGGGUGUAAGAGCAGAUGAUCCCGCAACAUGGAAAGAUGAAUGGUCAGAAGAUGGAUGGAAAGGAUUUAAGGUUUUGAAAAUGGCGGGAAUAUUUAAUAAAUAUAAAACUGGAGAGGGUAAAACAAUAUAUAGCUGCAGCAUUGUUACAACAGAGUCUAACAAUGUCAUCUCUUGGAUGCAUAAUCGUGUACCUGUAUUUUUGAACACGGAAGAAGCUUCGCAAAUCUGGCUAAAAAAAGAGCUAUCGGUAACUCAGACCAUUGAGUUGUUAAGUAAUACAACAUUAGCAGUUGGGGAUUUGUCUUGGCACACGGUCUCGACUUUGGUUAAUAACGUACACAACAAAGACGAUGCUUGCAGAAAAGAAACGAAAAAUAUAGAAGGGAAAAAGAACAACCCUAACACUUUCAUGGCUUCUUGGCUGAAGAAGGGGAGUGCAGAGUCAGCUAAGAGAAAAAGUACAAAUACCGAUGAUGACCAUAGUGGCAAAGGUGAAAACGGCGAUAAAACGCUUUCAAAAGUUCCAAGGAGAAACUAAUAUUUCCUAAUAUUAAACGAGUAUAUUACCGUCAAAGUAUUAGCUAUUAAAUAUUAAUAUUUUCUACUU